AUAUAGGAUGGAAAUCACGACCUAGCGAUCGGAGCGCCCUAUGAAGACAAUGGUGUUGUAUAUAUUCAUUUGGGAACUGCUUCUGGAGUUAAAGAAACUCCAUCUCAGAUAAUAAGAGCUUCAGAUUUGCCAAAUGAAAUUCAAAAUAUUAAAACAUUUGGCUAUUCUUUAUCGGGUACACAUGAUAUGGACCAAAACGGUUAUCCGGAUCUAUUGGUUGGCGCCUAUGAGAGCGAUGCCACACUGCUCUUUAGAGCUCGACCUAUAAUAGACAUUCAAACUUCAGUUUCGGGAGAAUUAAGUCAAAUCGAUCCGAACAAAGAGGGCUGUAAAGACGAUCCCAAUUCAAAAUUAGUGUGUUUUUCAUUCAACGCCUGUUUUAAAUUCAAUACAACUUUGAGAUCUACGGUCUCUAAUAUUCUUCGACUUCACUAUCGUAUUGAAGCCGAAACAUACACUGGUAAAAAGUAUUAUAGAGUAAAAUUUGGUUCGACCGCAGAUUCAGACAAUCCUAAUAUCGUUGAACGAGAUAUUUCUAUAAGAGGGAAUGAUCUUCACAGUGAGCACUGUUCCAAAGAAAUUGUUUAUCUCAAAGACAAGUCGGAUAUACAGAAUGCAGUGAUGUUUGAGUUGACGUAUUCACUCAUUCAGAAAGAGCCACGAAUGCCAACAGACGGCGAAACUCUUCCCGAUAUAAACAAACUGCCGAUUCUUAACCAGGAAGAGGCGCACCGCGUAUUUGAGGCUCGAUUUCUUAAAGAAUGCGGAUCGGACGAGAUCUGCGAAAGUGAUUUGAGAGUAGAGGCAGAACUGACCACUAAAAGAACGGACACUAAUAAAUAUAUUUUACAUCUCGGCGAAGAGCACUUGAGUCUAAUAAUUCGGGUCAUAAAUAAAGGAGAGCCCGCAUAUGACGCCAGUGUUUUCAUAACACACCCGUCAAGCCUUAGUUAUGUCGGCCGUAAAAUUACAAAAGGCGAUCAAUUGGAUUGCAGUCCAAGCAAUCGGACGACAUUGAAGUGUGAUUUAGGCAAUCCUUUCAAUCCGGGAAAAUUGGAAUUUCAGCUCAGAUUUAAUCCGACCGGUCUUUCAGACGCCGAAACUAGUCUUCAGCUACAGAUUCAGUCGACCACAACAAGUGCUGACAAAUCAGUUAACGACGAUUUGGUGACUCUAACCGCAGAAGUAAUUCGUAACGCAGAAUUAGAAUUAAGCGGUAAUUCCGAAGAGCAGGCCGUGAGAUAUGGGGGCGAAAUCAAAGGCGAGGCAGCGAUUAAAUUUGAAGAUGAGAUCGGAAGUAGAGUUUUCCAUAAGUAUAUAAUCAGAAACGCCGGGCCGUGGAAGGCGUCCCGCAUUGAUGUGAACAUCUCGUGGCCCUAUCAGGUGGAGAACGGACGGGAACACGGAAAAUGGCUCCUCUACUUAACUGGAGUGCCUCAAGUGACCGGACAGGGAGGCAAAGGUUACUGUUUGAUGGGACCCAAUCAGGUCAACCCACUUGACUUCGAUAUUAACUCUGAAUACAAUUCAGUGGUCGAUAAUGUGCCAAUGCCUGAAAGUCGGGGAUCAAAGAGUCGUCGUAAGCGAGAGAUGAUAGUACUUCCCCGUGAAGUGAGAGCUUCCGACGGAAGUAUACAGAAUGUGGUGUCAAUGAGUUGUGGUUCGGGCGCCCGUUGUUUCAAUUUCACGUGUGUUGUACUCGAUUUGGCCGCCAAUCAAACAGCAGUA